GAAUUUCAAAAGCACAUUCUAAGUCCACGACCACAAAUACCGAUUCCUGCCCACUUUCGCUUCGCCUUUACGUUUCCUAGAGAUGGGGAAGAAAAGAAAGGCUUCAAGCGGUCCUCCGCAGCCAAAGGGCCCCCGUGAAUACGAUCCGGCUGAUGCGAGACUUGGUCCUAUCAAUAGCUACGAAGAUGUAGCCGACUCGGAAGAUGAAUAUUUCCUCAACAAGGACCAGAUCCUCUUCGACGAUGGUCCGAAGUCCAAAAAGCAGAGACGGAUAGAAGAGGAAGAAGAGUUUUUGGAAAAUUCAGAUGAAGAAGCACUUGCUUAUGACGACGAAAACUCGGAUGAUGACGGUGAGGGCGACGACCAAGAUGACUACGCCCGCAAACCUGCGAAACCUGCCAAGGGGCGGCGUGAUGGUGGUUCUGAAUCUGGACAGGAAGAAGGCGAGGAAGGCGACUUGAGUUGGUGGGGUUCGUCAAGAAAAGAAUAUUAUAAUGCCGACAAUCUCGAGACCGAAGCCGACGCCUUGGAAGAGGAGCAAGAAGCUCGACGGCUACAAAAGAAGAAGUUGGCUAAGAUGUCGGAGAGCGACUUCAUUUUCGACGAAGCUGAGUGGCUUGCUCCUGAAGCCGACGAUGCGGACCAGAACGAAGUUGUCACCGAAGUUUUGAAGGACGUCGAGAUUCCGGCUGAUAUGGGCGUUGAGGAGAGAUAUCGUCUCUUACGGACAAGGUACCCCGAGUUCGAUUACCUAGCGGAUGAGCUCCAGCAGUUGCAACCUCUACUUGUCGAUGUCCAGAAACAAGCAGAAGGUCAACCGUCAAAAUCGCUACCGGUAGUCAAGUACCGGGUCCUCGGUUGCUAUGUUGCUACGCUUGCUAUGUAUUUCGCUACUCUGACAUCGCCAGCUAGAGAUGCUGCCAACGGCAACUCAAAGGUACUUGAUCCAGCAGAACUACGCGAUCACGAGGUCAUGGGAACACUACUCGAGUGUCGAGAUGCGUGGAAGAAGGUAGAGAACCUCAAGGGUUCGGACCAAGUACGAGCAACUGCUGCUUUGCCAUCUCCGCCGGAGGAAGAACAAUUAGCAGUAGGGGAGGACGUAAACAUGGAAACAGAAGUUCUGAAGAAAUCAAAUAAAGAGUCUGCAAAGAAGGCUAAGGCUAAAGCCAAGGCGGAGCGCAAAGCAAAGGCUAUCGAAGAGUCAUUUGCCGAUCUUGAUGCGCUUGUUACUACGAAAAAGAAGGCGAAGAAGCCAAGCGCUGAGAUCGCGACAAGGGAAAGCGACUCGGACUUUGGGGAAGAGGAAACCCUCGAUGCCAAAGCUGCUGCUGAAAAGGCUGCGCGCAAGAAAAGUCUCAGGUUUUACACUUCGCAGAUCGUGCAGAAAGCCAAUCGCCGAGCGGGCGCAGGCAGAGAUGCGGGUGGUGAUAUGGACAUCCCUUAUAGAGAGCGCCUGAAGGACAGACAAGCUCGCCUGAACCUCGAAGCAGAGAAGCGUGGGAAGAUGAGCUCGAAGAUGGGCGCUGAUCUUGGCGAUGAUAGCGAUGAAGAAGAUGCGCAUGUUGCCACUGCUGUGAGAGACGACGAAGACGAAUACUACGACAUGAUUGCUGCUAGGUCGAGCAAUAAGAAGGAAGAGAAGGCAGCUAGAUCAGCAGCUCUCGCGGCAGCUAGCAGCAGGGAUCGGGUCGUUCAGAAGGAGGAGAUUGGCGAGGAUGGAAAGCGCAAGAUUUCCUACCAGAUAGAGAAGAACAAGGGACUCACGCCUCAUCGGAAGAAGGACGUGAGAAAUCCAAGAGUAAAGAAGAGGAAAGCAUAUGCGGAGAAGCAGAAGAAACUGAAGAGCAUGAAGGCAGUGUACAAGGGCGGCGAAGGUCGGGGAGGGUAUGCAGGAGAGUUGACUGGUAUCAAGCCAGGCUUGAUCAAGAGUGUCAAGUUAGGAUAGAUACCAACAAUAUUAAUGCGGCGUUCCACGAUAUUCUACUUGUAUGGGUUUGGAGGUGAUAUAUCUAGAAAACCCAAGUUGUCCCGUGACAUGGAAUCCUUUCAAACUCCCGUCUGAUAUCGAUCUGUGUUUGAUGGAAUGAGGCUCCAGGCAGCAGGGGUCUAAGCUACAUCAAAUAGUUUUGCCCGGCAACCAGCUGUGACGUGUAGGCACAUGUAUAUAUCGUGUACAAUUCGCACUUCCAAUUUUAUAAAU